AUGCCUCUAUCAUUAACAUCGACAACGCCAUCACAACAUCGCAAUACAGCACAUCGCGUCAAGAUCCUGCGCAUCGUCGCUGCAGUCCGUAUAAAAUUCCGACUUGUACCCAUCGAACGAGCGACUCCGCUUCUGCGCCAGUCUGCCCCUUCGUUGGAACAACCGGGGGCUGUAGAAGGGUCCUGGUUCAGUCCUGCCAGCUAUGCUCUGGAGGGCUGA